AUGGCCGCCUCCUUCACAUGCCAUCCUGAUCGCCCUCUUUUCCACGGCCAGAAUCCUCAUCACCAUCUCGAUCAAGCCGCCCUUGCGUCCACUCUCCACCCUAAUCUUCCCCCCCUCGAUGUGACCUCUCGUGCGAUAUCCCCCUGCGUCAGCGAAUUAUCCGAUACAAAGACCUUCUACAGCGCUUUUGAAGUCACCGAAAUCACCGUCAAUGGAUGUGUGUCGCCCGCCGUGUCUGAUGAGAUUCUCGAUGAGCCAUCCGUCGAGAUGGAUGCCGCCUCGUUAGUCACCGUGAAAGCUCCAACAGCGACAACCGCUUCGCUUUCUUCAAAUGGCCUUCGAACUCCCAAGCGCAAGCGCACUGUCUCUCCUUCAACGCCAACCUCUCACUCUCCUCGCAACCCUCGUUCCACUUCGCGCAGUACAGGACGUUCUGGGCCGACCAGUCGUCGCAGUUCUCUACACUCCCACCGUCGCGCAACCUCCUCUCUGACCCCCUCCAUUUCCAGUCGAAAUCCUCCAGAGACGAAACGGGAGACACUUUUGGCUUUGCAUCGGGAAUCCUGUCGCUUAUUCCAGGAUAACGAGUCAACAAAAUGGCGCAAUGCCGAUAUACGCACUCCUUCAUCGCCCGCUUCCACUGCGAUGCAUUCGUAUUUCCCCCCAAUGUCUGACUAUCGCUCCGCAUCCGAAGUUAGCUCACCACCAGGAUCCCCCAUGAGACCGCUUUCCGACCAGCUUGAGCACUCUAGUGAAGAUGAGAGUCACAGCCCUCCACAGCCGACUUCUCAGACCAUUAGCGGUGCUGGCGAUGGAUCCUCUAAACAAACACCUGCUACUGUCAUCGACUGGACCUCGCCGUCGACACGGAGACGAGAAUACGAAAAGAUCGACCGGGCUAGUCGUGGUGUUCGAGGCCUCUGGCGGCGAGUGGCUCCUAGAUGGUGUCGGCCUGGAGACAAGCGAACGCCAUUCUUUGAAGAAGGAGAGAAUGGCAAGGGAAAUUACGAGGGGAGUGUAAGAAGAUUCCGAAUGGAUCUUCCUGAUGAGACAGAAACAAAACCCAUCAAGUCACAGUCACGCCGUGGAACAGAUCUCAGGAACAAAUUUACGACUCCCAGAAGACAGAACUCUGAAAAGACCGAAAGAAGAUGGCCCCGGCUGUCUAGAAAUGACCGCAUCCACACUACAUGA